CUUAAAUGCAUGAGUUGCCAUUCUGUGUUGAACCAGCAGGUUUUUUCCACUAUUUUUUCCCUCGCUCUAUUUUCCUUCUUCUUCUUUUUUUGUUAUUGCUUUUCUGUUUGACACUUUAUCUUGCUAUUCUUCGGUCGUUAUCUUUUUAUCAAACAGCUAUGGAAGUUCUGCAUCACCCUGAUUCCUAUCUCCCCACAUCCAGCAACUACUCUUACCAUCAUCACAACACCAACGCGGACCCCAUCCCCAUCCACCAGUCCAACAACGAUAUAAGAUCUUCGUCGUCGCCCAGCCACACUGACACUUUUAAACUGGCCGACGAUGCCCAUCAGCGACCUCUGUCGCGAUGUAACUCCACCUCGCUGGCGGACUUGAUUCCCGCCGCUACCGCGGCCAUGAGAGCGAGCUCUGAAUAUAAACGGCGCCAGGAACCGGAUCCUGAAGCGUCACUCAAUACAGCCUUUGCGCGCGCAUUAGCCAAAGUGAAGGUGCAAGUGCAAACGAAACGGCUCAAAGAAAAGUACCUUGCCCAUGAAUGGAUUCGGCUGGCACUAGGAUUGCCUGUGGAUGAAAGCAAGAUCAACCAGAAUCCUAAUGGCUUUAUCACUGCCGACGAUGUUCAAAGCACUCUGAGCACGCCAAGGAUUGCAUACAAGAAUUUGGAUGGACGCACGGGAGAAAUUGCAACGUGGUACGAAUGGAAGAUCAAUAAGAGCAGGUUCACCGUCGAUGAAGUGGAACGCAAAGUCGAUCGCCUGCGACAAAAAAAAUUUGCACAUCAUCAGGCUUCACUGAAAUCAUGAGACAUGGGAGGCGAACUUUAUAUCGUUUCUCAAAUGUUGUUAUUACUAUCAUUAUCGUUUUUUCCAUCCCUUUUUUCAUAAUUUUUAUUGUCUG